UUUGCUUUAGCCGUCACACGAUCUAUCUAUACAAAAAUUUAUACAGAUUUUGUGAAGAGCAAAGGAAACACUUAAAAUGAUUUGCGGUAAGAAGUGCACACUAUUCUGCCUGCUCAUAAGCAUCUGGGGCGCAAUUCAGUUGGUCCUGAUGGGAAUGUCCUAUUCGCUCAACUCACUAUCUCUGAUUGACACUCUGCCAUUGAAGGAGCACUAUACGAGUCUGAAAGAGUUCCGAACUGACGCUGAUCGCUUAUUCGGAGAUCUGGCAAUACGCUGCUAUAUAGCUGCCAUACUCUAUGCCUUGUUUGCCAUAGCCUCGUACUUGUGCUACUGCAGGAAAAAGAGGCAACAGAAAGCAAAGGAACAACCACAUAAAUCGGGCAAAAAGGGAUUCAAGAGCAAGCGAGCCCAUUAACAUCGAA